AUGUUGUGCAAUUUCCUGCUCUCGCCAGUGGGAUACGAAACGCACUCUUCCAUCCAGUUCCUCCACCCGGUCAACCCAAGGCGGAGCUGGGCGGAGCUGUGGCAGAAGAGGCGGCGCGACGGAGCAGAAGGGGCGGCACGACGGAGCAGGAGAAGAUGGCCGAGAAGAUGUUCAGGCACGGCGCGACGGGCGAAGAAGAGUUUUGGUGAUGAGCUUGUGGCCACGCUGGACCAGCUGCUGCAGCCCCCCUGCGCCGUCGCCGUGGGUCGCCUGUGUUCUGCUGCUCCGGUGCCGGCACCUGUCCCUGUGCGGUGCCGUGCUCAGGAAUUUGGCGAAGAAGACGACUGUCGUGCUUGCACGCGAGAAGGGCGCUGGACCUCGUUGGCGCUGCAAAGGGGGCACAGCUCAGGUUGGGUACGCCGUCGGCCAGCGCCGGCGGCGAGCACGCUCCGCUGUGACCUGUCCGCCACAGCCAGUCCUCUCCCGCCUCCCCCGACUCGUGUCCUUGUCCAACGCAAAUCAAUGGAGCUGCUGACCAGGAUUGUUGUUGGCUUCUAUAAGAAGGGAGGGUCCUCGGCUCGAAUCUCCAUCAGGUCAAUUUUGGACGAAGCAUCCAAUGUCGACACCGAGUUCGCCGCAGGAAGAAGCGCUGAGUUCGCCGGAGGUAGAAGAAGCGCCGAGUUCGUCGGAGGUAGAAGAACAGCCGUCGAGCUGUCCAAUCUCGCCUGCAUUGGCUACAGCAGAGACACCCAUGUUGUGUUGUUGGUCUGUUGAACGAAGCGCUAGAACUGUCAGCAAUUCCUUCAGAUAGUGUUGUUCUCUGAACAGAGAAAACAAAAUUGGAACAGCUGCUGCGGUGGUUCUCAUCUGGCCUUAGUUCCAGGUACAACAAUAACAAGCUUUGCUUCCUAACUACCUCUGCUCCUAUAGCUAGCUAAAAUUACAGCUGAUACAUGUAUAGGUAUAUUAGCAUAUGUUGUGUCAGGUUAAAAGUCCCGAGAGAUUUUGAACUACUUGUGGAGUGGAGAUGGUAAUUUGUAGUUCCACAUUCUGUGCUAAUACUUCGAUGGAUUGUCUGGUGAUAAGCUAAGUGUGUCUGAAAAUCUUUUCCGUCUGUACAAUUCUCUGUCUACACUCCUCCUUACGGAUCUAAGGUGAAAACAAAGCUGCAGGUAGAGAAAGCAAAGCAUAAUGAUAGGUAGCUUCAUGGUGUUUGUCUUAUAUUCAAACUGCAUUUAGCUUCUAAGAAUAUGAUAUAAUACAUCAGAAAAUAGUACAACGUGCAGGCAUCUCAAAAUUCCACUCCAAAUGAAACACUUAUUCCACUGAAAGAACACUCGCUCCAAAUAACUUUACGAAUUGUUUGAUCUAUCCUGUGAUGCGUCGGUUCUGAUUCUGUUGCAAUUGAAUUUAUGUUGAGAUCGCGGAAGAAUAUUGUUCUACUUACGGUGAUUAGAUUAUGCAAGUAUAAUGUUCUUUGCACGUCAGAUUUUCCAUGCUGUGAUGAUAACAAAGUAAAUUAUAGGUGCCUUACAAUGAGAAUCCUCUUAUAUUCAGGCAAGUACUAUUCCUACUCGACUGACGCACAUCAUAUCUGUAGUAUAUCUCUUUGUGCACUGUUGGUUAUGUCGUAUUACUUCUGUGUUUUUUUUACAUAUUUUACCGAUGGUUGUUUCUGUUAGGAACUGAGAUUCGCUAGCUUUCAUAUUCUGCUUUAGUUUUUUAAUACUGAAAGUGCAUGCCCAAUUUUAGUAAAGACUGGAUUUGGUAUCUCCUCCUUCGGUCUACAAAAAUGAUGCUCUGUCUCCCAUGCAAUCAAAUUAUCUCACGGGUGACUGAUAUUGAUUUUCUAACACAACAUUUUCUUGACGACACAACUUUAGUUAGUAGGUUUUGGAAAGGUCACGAAGUAUCAGUUAUCUACCAUUUAAACCUCCGACUGUAUGAAUCUCUACAUAACCUCCGUGUUCUCCAUCGUCGAGCGGACGUCUCCAUAUGGUAUGCGUUAAUGGCUGGUGUGGCAAUGACGCCGGUCUUACAGAUGGUGCCAGAGGCGGAGGGGCAGCUGCGCGGCUGUACGAGCUACAACAGCAGACUGACAUUUGGCCUGCUGGGAGAACCCAAUUGUAGAGGAGUAGUGCCGUGAAAAAGAUGAAGACGGUGCGAGGCACGAGCUGUGGGCAUGGUAGGCAGGUAGAAUUUAAUUACCAAUUACCAACUAUGACGGCGGGAGGCACGGGCUGAAUUUAAUUACAGCUGAAAAUUAUGCUAUCAUGAAUGCCAUUAUUAUCUGAUGAAUUUAACUACAGUUGCAACUCUUUAGUUACUUACCACAACAAUUAGUUUUUAAUGGUCCUUCAAAUAUGAAACUUACUCUGAAGAUUAACCAACUAUGUUCUCCUUGAUCCUACAAAAAAAAUUAUUCAUUUGAAAUUAUAUGCAGUGUUUAUGCAAGCCUAUUAGGUUAAACCAAAAUGUAACCUACUUAUUCCAGCACUCUCUUUAUUUGGAUACACAUAGCUCUGUUUUAACAAAUCCCCAGUUGAUCCUAUGAUAUGCAGAUCCCCUUCAAGGCCACUGACUACAUGAGGGAGAGGUUGUCAGUUGGACAGAUUUGUCCUUCAUUUCAUUACUCAGUGCUGACCUCUUUCUUUAUUUUAUCUCAUUUUUUCAUUAGACUUUUUUAAGGAUGAUAAUAAUCUAUAAACAUUGUAGAAUGGUCAUGCUUCUCUUUGCAAGCUUAUAGCUUGAUUUACAUCUGAAUGACUUCGGCUUUAGUGUUUAUAGACUGGUUUCUUGAAUUGAUCAAUAUGGUCAUUCCAAAAUGUUACCCAUAGAAUUUCCAAGCAUAACCACAUACUGUUGUACCAGAAUUUAAUUAGUGCAAUGUUAUUUCUCUAGAAACCCAACCAAUGCAAUCAUCGUAAUAUUUUAUGCGUGCGUUAAAACACAAUCACUUAUGGUCUUGCAAGUUGGUGGCAAUGUCCACAACCAUCCUAGAACUCGCGAAUGGCGUCAAUACAGUCCUGGAAGUUGAAAAUAGAACGGCAAUACGAUCCUCAAACUUGGGCAAUAGGUCCUUGGAUACGUCUCCGUGUACAAAUUGCAUACACAAACUUGGGCAAUAGGUCCUUGGAUACGUCUCCGUGUACAAAUUGUAUACACCAGGACCGCCACGCCAACAAAGGAAAAAACAAAAGAUUCGAGGGCAACUGGUG